AUGCCCCUGAAGGAGAACGGUGAAGACUCGCUCUUCCUAGACCUGUCUUCACCCCCGGCCGAUGAACCAUUUGCAGUGAACGGAGCAUACAUCCAAGAUACAAACCCCAAGAAAGUCAACUUGGGUAUCGGAGUCUACCGUACUGCUGAAGGAUUGCCAUGGCCAUUGCGAGUGGUUGAGGAGGCCGAAAAACAACUUCACCAAGCAAGCGAUGUGAGUCGACACGAAUACCUCACCAUACAAGGUGAUCGAGAAUUCCUCAAGUUGGCAUCCGAUCUCGUCUUCGGAUUUGAUGAGGUAAAAAAAGAGCAAGUGGUCGAGGAGAAUAAACGGGUUGUUUCUAUCCAGACAGUCUCGGGCACAGGCGCAAACAGACUUGGCGCGGAGCUUCUGGCGCGGAAUAUUGAUCCAGGAUGUGUGUGGGUUCCCGAUCCUACUUGGGCAAAUCAUCAUACAAUUUGGGAGCUUGCUGGGGUACAAAGAAAACUUUAUCCCUACUAUGACAGCGCGACCAAGUCCUUUGAUUUCGAAGGAACUGUUCGAACUCUGUCAGAGUCCGCCAGGAAAAACGAUGUCGUGAUUCUUCAUGCCUGUGCUCAUAACCCCACUGGAGCAGAUCCAACACAUGAGCAGUGGAAGCUGCUGGCUGAACUGUGCAAGACAAAGGGCCUGAUACCGUUCUUCGACCUCGCCUACCAAGGCUUUGCAUCGGGAAAUCUCGAACAAGAUGCAUGGGCCAUCCGCUACUUCUACAAUUGCAACCCUCGACUGGAAUUCUGCGUGGCUCAAUCCUUCUCGAAGAACUUUGGUCUGUACGGACAACGAGUCGGGGCUUUGCACGUUGUGACUUCCUCUACCAGCAAUGAGGUCUCUCGCAAUCUACUGGCUAAUCUUUGCCAUCUCGUUCGUGGCGAAUACUCCAUGGCACCAAGAGGCGGUUCAGAGGUUGUGCGAACCGUCCUGAAAAAUAAAACCCUCAAAAACAAGUGGUUUGAGGAUCUCGUCACCAUGAGUGAACGCAUUCGAAAAAUGCGACAGGCUCUCUAUGAUGAGCUGACCGGGUUACAAACACCCGGGGAUUGGUCCCAUAUUCUGAAUCAGAUUGGGAUGUUUACCUACGUGGGAUUGACGGAGAGACAAGUUUUUGAAAUCCGAUCAAGGCAUCAUAUAUACAUGCUGAAAUCCGGCCGCAUUUCGAUCUCGGGGUUGAACGAAAAUAAUGUGAAGGUUGUUGCAAAGGGCAUCGACGACGUUGUUCGCACGGUGAACUGA